UUGAAAUGCAUUACUCCAGUUCCGAAUGUAAUAAAAAUAAUUAUGAGGUUAUGAGUUUUAUAAACGGCGGUGAUAAGAUUAUUUCGUCAGUGAAAAACUGGCCGUUGACUGGAAUUGUGGUAUUAAGAUAGUUAUAAAUUUAUGUUGAUUCAAUGUGGUGUAAUGUGAAUCGUAAUCUCAUUUUUUCUUCAGUGUUUUUGAAUGUUCAUAACCUAUGAAAAUAGACGAUACAAAAGGUGAUAAAUAUGAAAUUGUGAAUUCUAUAAAUAAUGUUUAUUAGAUUGAGUUGAACUUUUAAUAUAAAUUGAAUACUUAAAAUAGAAAAUAAAGAAAAAUAACAAUGGAACGAAAUAAACCUGCAAUUAUAAGUCGAUCAAAGAGCAAAAUAGCUCAGCAUCCUCCGGACUUAUUUGCCCUUGGAUCUAAAAGUAGCCGUGUGGAAUCAUCGUUAGAUUCUAAAAGAUCUGGUAUAAUUCACAAUAAACCAAGCACCUCAUCAUCAAGUUCUAGUUCAGAAAGAAAAACAGAAGCUCCAGUGCCAUCACUUCGAUCACUGUUUCCUCAAAAGAAACCUAAACUUGCUGCUCAUGUUGUUCCAAGACCUCCGAUGUCUAGUGCUGAAGCGUGGGAAAUUGUAGCUAUUGAUUGUGAAUCAGCUGAUUUGGUUCCAAUGGUUUUAGAAGCCAGUGAUAACGAUGAAGGUGAUAAAGUAAUUGGUCUAAUUUGUGGAGCAAUAAAAACAUUAAAAAAUCAACGAUGGAAACCAGAUUCUUUACUUUAUAUGGGCUUAAUGUAUCUUGCAAAAAUAAGACCAUCAAUAUUUUCCAAUGAUUGUAUUUUACAUGCAUUAUCAUCUUUAUUAAAAAGAGAUCAAGCUCAUAAUUUUAAAAGUAAAGGUAAUCCUUUAGUUCCUGUUCUUGCAGCUAAUUUAUUAAUGCGAGGAUUUUAUGAUAAAAAUAGUUGGCCAGAUAUAUUUGUAAAACUUUAUAUUGAAGAUGCAUUGGGAGAACGUGUAUGGGUAGAUCAUGAGGAAUGUAAAGGAUUUACCGACAAUAUUUUGACAGCUUGUAACACCAGACAUCCGCCUAAAAAUGCUUUACAACAUGAACUUUCUUUAUUAGCUCCUCGUGAUUGUCAUAGCCCUUCUACAAUGGAAGAUGAAGACGCCACAGCUUCAACAAUUCAAUUUUUUGGUGACAAAGAAAAAUCUGAAUUCAUCGUUAGCCCUAGAUACUCGCAGAAUCCUGAAGUUGUUGAAUUUAUUAUUUCAGAAGCAGUCAAAGAAGUAUUAAACCGACGACAACCAGAUGCUAUUACAAAAAAUUCUUUAAAAUUUUUCUCAUCAACUUGUGGUCUUGUUGAAGUACGUAAUCUUGUUGUUCCACGUAUGGAAAUGUGGCUUCAUAAUCCUAAAUUAAUGAAACCUGCUCAAGAACUUCUGAUUUACGUUUGCUAUAAUUGCACAACUCAUACCCAGCGAGAUGUAGAAGUUAUCAGUCAUUUAGUAAAAAUGAGACUGAAGACAAAAGCUGUUGUUAAUUUGUAUUUAAAUGGAGUUAAAGAAUUAAUUAGUGUUCAUCCAGAUAAUUUAGCUACAAUGUUAAAGCAUACUAUUUAUAAUGAAUUAUCGAAUGCAAGAAAUUCAAACAAUAUGCCAAUCAUAGCAGUAAUGUUCCAAGCAUCGCCAGACGCAUCUGCUCGAUUAUUAGCAGAAAUAUUCCAAGAUUUAUUGAUCAACCGAGAAGACUAUCUUCGUCCACUUCGAACACUUUUUAGAGAAAUCAUUCGAGUCUGUCGUCACGAUAUUAAUUUAAAGACUUUAGCGAAAGCAUUGACAACAGAACGACCUCAAAUGACUCAACAAUUUUUAACAUUUGAAUUCAAAGAUAGAAUGUUUACCUCAAUAAUUGAUUUAUUAUGUUUAUGUAUGUUUUUGGCCAUUACUCCUCAAGUCAAAGAAACAGUGCUACUUGCUCAAAGAGGUGAUAGAAAAGAUUUAUCACAACUAGAUCAAUUUCACAAAUUGAUAUCAACAAUUCAACACGAUGUAGCACAAUGGCUAUUAACAUCAGCACAACAAACGUAUGGAAUAGGGAAAGAAGAAUUUUUAAGAGGAUUACGUAAAGUUAUGUUGUUAGAUCCUCUAGAACAUUACUAUAAGCUAGACAAUUGGCCUCCAGAAACUGAUCGAUCUUUAUUUAUGCGAAUUGUUACUGAAGUCCCUUUGAAGGAAAAUACUAUUUUAACCAUAUUAAAAAUGGGAUCUUGUAAAGAGAAUGGACUUUCACAACUGGAGACUAUGGAUAUUAUAGAUCAAUUGGUGAGAAGAGCAUCAAUUAACUCUUCAGAAAGCGUUCCAAUGUUACAAGCACAAGAUUUGCAAAUUAUAGAAAAAAUUUUUAAAUUGUGUGUUUACCAACCACCAGAGUCUAUUAAUAUUCCAUCAGGCUAUACAGCACCAAAACUAGCAAUUUCUAACAUUUAUUGGAAAGGUUGGGUUAUUUUAUUAAUUUUAGCAGCUCAUAACCCUACAACAAUAGGUGCCGUUGGAUGGAAAACAUAUCCAAUAUUAAGAACAUUAAUGGAAAUGUGUAUUACAAAUCAUUUUUUAUAUCCACCACCAACGAUGGUUCUUCCAGAAAUUAUUGAACAAGAACGAGCCAAAGAAUUACAAACAGAAAUGAUAGAAAAACAAGUCAUUUUAGAAUAUGAAAGUCAUUUGGCUGCAGCAUCUUCCAAAGUACAAAUCUCUGAGUCAAAUAGCUUAUUGUUAUCCCAAUUGAUUAAUUUAGAUCCUACAGGAAUAGCUCGAAAACCCCCUCUAGCAAUUUUAGAACAAAUUCAAUCACUCAAUGUAGCCCAUAGACUUGGGCAUUUACUUUGCAGAUCAAGAAAACCAGAUUUUUUAUUGGAUAUCAUUCAAAGACAACAACAAAGUUCAUCUCAGAGCAUGCCAUGGCUUGCCGAUCUCGUUCAAAGUAGUGAAGGUUCUCUUAGUCAAUUACCAGUUCAAUGUCUUUGUGAGUUUCUUCUUUCAACGACGGCUCAAGCUGUUGAAAAGCAACCGAGGCAACAACAAUUACUUUUACAUCUUCAGAAACUCUUAACAGAUUCUAAUGAAGAUCAACAACAAACUUGUGAGGUAUUGGAAUAUUUUUUACGACGAUUAAGCAGUCAACAGAGUAACAAUCGAAUUCAGGCAAUCAUUGGAUUAAAAUUAAUACUAGAUUCUAUUCCUUUAGAAGAUGAAAGUAUGGAAAUUGAUAAAGAAAAUGAAAAGGAGACUUGGCUAUUAAGAAAACUUCCAUCAAUUCCUCAUUUUCAAGCAGUAAGACUUCUAGUAUCUACUGCUUUACGAGGAGCUUGUCAAGUUGAAAAUAAUCCAGAAUUAGUUCGUGCAUAUAUUUUUUUUUUAGCAGAACAUACUAUUGACGAUAAUUUACCAGAGCUUACAGAUUUAGCUAAUGAAAUAUCUCAAUUAGUUGUUGAACGCGGUACAAUAACUGCUGCUAUUUUACCAGAACCCGAUAAUGAUUCUCCACAAGCGAAACACACACUUCAAGCAUUUAAAUCAAUAUUUUGUAAUUAUUUAAAAAAAGCCAGAUUACCUAGAGGAGAAGGAUAUACUUGGUCUGAAAGCCAAGAUCAAAUUUUAGUACAGUGGAGUAAUGGCGAAGAAUGUACGAUGCAUAUUCUAGUAGUUCAUGCAAUGAUAAUUCUCUUAACCUAUGAUGUGAAUGAUGAACAUGGUUUAUCGAAUGAUUUAUUGGAAUCUUGGUUUCCGCAAAAUGGAGAACCUCCUAAGGCAUUUUUAGUUGAUACUAGUGAAGAAGCAUUACUUAUUCCUGAUUGGUUAAAACUUAGAAUGAUUCGAAGUAAUGUACCAAGACUAGUAGAUGCUGCUUUAAAAGAUUUAGAACCUCAACAACUAGUUCUUUUUAUUCAGAGUUUUGGAAUUCCAGUAUCAUCAAUGAGUAAAUUAUUACAUACUUUAGAUGUUGCUGUACAAAUUGAUCCAGCAUCUGUAGGAGAAGCUGUACUCGAUAAAACAUAUAUGGCUCAAUUAGUAAAGGUUCAACAUCGAAGAGGAGCAACUGGAGGACUUGUAUUCGUUGAAGUUCUUCAACUGCUUGAACCUCAGUUACCAGAUAGUCCUCCACUAGAGAUGGAAAAGUUACAACAACCUCUUCCACAAAGUACUAUGAUAAAAAAACAAUCAGUGAUUCAAUAUCCAGUAAAAACUGAUGUUCCCCAUUUGAUAAAUAAAUUAUUUAUAGAAAAUAUUCCCCUUGGUCAAAAAACUGAAGCAUAUCGUCGAUUACACAAAACUCUAGCUCGAGAUUUACAAAAGUCGGCUAAAGAAAGUGGUGCUGUCGUAUUAGCUAUUCAACAUAUUUGCAGUGUAUUAAGUUCAAUGCAAGUAGAGCAAUUUCUCGCAUCACUUGUUCACAUGCCUCAAUAUUCUUGUACGAUAAUGCGGAUUAUUCUUUUACCUUUGAAAAAAAUAAAUACAUCGAAGCACAUAAUUGAUUUAGCGAAGAAUAUGUGUAUAAAUCUUAUAUCAUUAAUUGGUGAUAUAAAAGCUCCUAUUUUGCCUCUUCUGAAAGACUUUGUAGCUAUCCAAAAGAACAAAGUAGUGAAAAAGAAUGAAUUAAUGAUACUUACUCAAAAUCGAGAUCCUUAUAUAAUAUUAAAAACAACAGAUUCAGUUAAUUUAGAAGGUGUAGGUAGAAAAUUAUUGGAUAUUCUAAUAAAAAGACAAAAAAAUGAUGUUUCAGUUGAGGUAAUAGCUAAAUUAUUGGUCUCAGACAGUGAUGAAGGAUUGGCUAAUCGAGCUACAGGUUUACUCAUUGAUUGGUUAGCUUCAAUAGAACCGGAGCUAAUUGGUAUAUGUCCCAGCCUUCAAAUGAAGUUACUUUUUGGUAAAACAAAACUUCAUGUCAAGAUAGAUGAAAGUGUUGUAAAUUCACAUGCUUGCAGACCUUAUCUCUUAACAUUAUUAACUCAUAGAGCAAGUUGGAUGACUUUAUAUAAAUGUGUUGGUCAUUUACUUAUCAAAUGUGAUGAUGGUUAUGAUCCUACGGCAGUUUUAGAUUUCUUUUGGGCUCUUACGUGUAACCCAAGAUUAUGGCAAGGUCGAGACAAAUUUACUCCUAAACACUAUGUUCCAGAAAAUAUUUUAUUAUUAACUGAACAACAGUCAUUGACUUUAAUAACUUACAUUGUCGCUGAAGCAAUAAUAGUUUUUGAUAGACGUGGUAGGAAUGCUGCAUUAGCACAAAUGGAAUCCCGAUUAGACUUGGUACAACAUUGUUUAUUAACUGAAGAAAGAAUCACCGCUCGUGUUGUAGAAUAUUUAGCAGAAAAAAUGACAAGUAAUGAUGAAGGUAUUGAAGCAGAUAUGGCACAUCAAUUUCUUCUACAUCUUUAUAUGAAAAUUCCGAAAGUGAUAUGUCUAUUAAAUCAGUUUCAAGCGAAGAAAUUUGUUGCUGGUGCAAAAAUUACUGAAUGGACUGGAUCAGUUCUUGAUAGCAUGAGUCAUUCUUUAUUAACAGCAUUAGCUGCAACAUCAAGACAUAAAUCUUGGAUCUCUAAAUCUCAAGAUUUUGAACUUUGUGCUAGAAAAAUGGCUGCAGUUCAUCCUCUUUUGGUUCUUCGACAGCUACCAAUGAUUGCAUCAUCAUUAACUGGAAGAUGUCAUAUGAACUUGAGCGAAUUUCGUACAGGGAAUCAUUUGAACUUUUUUACACAAAUUAUAAGUUUAUUGGAACUUUUACAGCCUUAUUUAUUUAAUGAAGAAUAUCAAACGGCAUUAGAAGAUACUUUAGAAAAUUACUUUCAAUGCUUUCAAAAUUAUGCACCUGUCAAGGAUCGUAAUAUUUUAGCAUCAUUAUUAAAUAGAUUUGUAGCUUUACUCCAAGCGUAUGCAUCUCAUGAUGCUCAACGAGCCUUGAAGUAUCUUCAUAAUCAUAUUCAAAUUCUUCGAGAUUUACAAACAUAUUAUCCUGGAUCAGCAAGUUUAUUAUCACUCACAUCCAUAGUACCAGCAUUAAGAGGUACUAAUGGUGAGGAAAUAUUUGUAUCUGGUCCAUCACCUUUUGUUCAGCCUGAACCAAAUUUACCUGCACAUUGGCCAUCCUUAAUGACAACAUUAAAUAAAAUUCAAGGCGAAGAUGUAUUCUCAGCACUCCAGGAUAUCGACCAUUUAUCAAUAAAGAAACCUUCAAUUUUGGAGUUUGCCAUAGACAACAUAGCAGAAUUAUUAGUAUCCCCCCAAGGAAAUAUUAGAACACUUGCUCAUAAUUUAUUAACACGAUUAUUAAAAAAUCGACCAACGACGAAUUCCAAUAUUCUAUCAGCAUUUCAAAGAUGCUUAGAUAGUCCAAGAUCUGAUGUUUUAAUGUCAGCAUUAGAUAAAUUACCAGAAAUCGUUCUGUGUAUGCAAGAACACGCACUACCGUUAUUGCAAAAGGUUUUUGAACUAGGAGUCAAUUCAAAUGUGAAUACAAUUCCAUAUAUUAAUAAGAGUAUUAUAUUAUUAAAUACACAACAAGGUUGUUAAAUUAAUUAAUUGAAUUUAUAACUGAAUUAUUCAAAUGAAUUAGGAAAUAACAAAUAAGUGAAUAAGUACAA